CUAUUCCUAAACUUCUGCAGUUCUCCCCGGCUCCCCGGAAUUUUGUAUUGAGAGGGCUGUGACCCACGUGAAUUGCGCGGGAAAGUGUAUGCUGGGGCAUGGGAGGUGUAAAGAAAAUAGGGGAAGUGAGGCCGAGGAAGUCCUCUAGGCAGUGUAAACAGACCGAAAAGGUCGUCGUGUGAAUGAUACAAUGAGUAGAUGAAAGAAAGUGAGCAGAUUUGUUCACCUUCACCAAUUAAUGUACGUGUUUUUGUACCCAAAAUGGAACAGUUUCUUAAAAUUGAGAAGAUUGGCGAAGGCACAUACGGUGUAGUGUAUAAAGCGAAGGAUAGAGUCACUGGGAAAACAGUGGCAUUGAAGAAAAUUCGUCUGGAUUCAGAAACUGAAGGUGUUCCAUCCACUGCCAUUAGAGAAAUCUCCCUACUGAAAGAACUGAAACAUCCAAAUGUUGUGAGAUUACUGGAUGUUGUCCAUUCUGAUAAAAAACUGCACUUGGUGUUUGAGUUCCUUAUGCAAGACCUGAAGAAGUUCCUCGAUACAACCAAAUAUGAGCUCUCAGAUCUGCUGAUUAAGAGUUAUUUGCAUCAGUUACUAAGUGGAGUAGCGUAUUGUCAUGCUCACCUUGUCUUACAUCGAGAUUUGAAGCCACAAAAUCUUCUAAUCGAUGAAAGAGGCUACAUCAAAUUGGCAGAUUUUGGCCUUGCUCGAACAUUUGGUUUGCCUGUUCGUACAUAUACACAUGAAGUUGUUACUCUUUGGUAUAGAGCUCCAGAAAUAUUGCUCGGGAGCAAGUUCUACAGUACAGCAGUUGAUGUGUGGAGCUUGGGGUGCAUAUUUGCUGAAAUGCUGACUCGAAGAGCUCUAUUUCCUGGUGACUCUGAAAUUGAUCAGUUGUUUCGAAUCUUCCGAACACUGGGAACACCAGAUGAGGAGGUAUGGCCUGGUGUAUCACAAUUGCCCGACUACAAGUCAAUGUUUCCUCGCUGGGAGGCUCAGGACAUAAAAGAUAUUUUACCUAUUAAUGAUGAUCUGGGGAAAGACCUUCUUCAGAAAUUAUUGGUUUAUGACCCCAAUAAGAGAAUCUCUGCAAGGAUGGCUCUCCGGCAUCCAUAUUUCAAUAAUGUCAAGCUUGUUCCUCCACCUUUAUAUCCUGAUAAAGAAAACAAUGCUGCUGCUGCUAAUGGUGCUGUUGAUGAUGCUGAUACUGAUGCCAAUGCUGAAGGUGAUGAUGCUGAUGCUGAUGCUGAUGCAGAUGCUCCGUCAGAAAAUUAAUACACUUUGUGAUACAUUUGCUGUGUGAAUGAGAUUGACUGAAUUGAUGGUCAUUGUGUAUUUAAGACUUACGUGAAAAAGUAUGUUUUGGGACAGUUUACACAGUUUUUGAGAGAUAGUGAAGACUUUUGGAAGUUUUCUAUACAAUUUGCAUUUUGCAUUUUUAUGUUAUUCUAUUUGUAUAUACUUAUAUUAUAGAUUGUGUGGAAGCAGAUGAAAGUACUUUUUGUUCGUUUAUUUGAUUUUUAUUGUAUACAUAUCAUAUUGAGUGUGAGAGCAUGUGAAAAUGAAGUAGGUGAAAAAUGUGCCUUAGAAGUAUGGUUAUGGGGUUAUUUGAUGUUUUUGUACCAGGUGGUAUGGAAAAUAUUAGUUGCAACAGUAAAUUUGGAAUUUGGCAAUUUCUCCUUAAGUUUCAUUUUGUUUUUUUGAUCUUUGUUACUGUCAGAAAUGUUUUACUUGCUAAUGGACAACCAGACAGUUACAAAAAUAGUAUUAAUGAAUCUUUAUUGAGAUUUGUUUGGUUUUGGGGGUAUUGUAUUGGACAGUUAAAUCUCAAAUUCAAUUUUGUUAUUGCUUUGUUAACUUCUGUAAAUAGUGCUCAUUAUAUGUCGUUGGUGUCAGAUUAAAGUUUCAGAGAUGUGUUUAAUGUUCUGUGACAUGUUUCUUGUAUUUCAUUUACAGUUGCUGAAUUAAUUACAAGCAUCUAUUAAAACUUAUUCUAAAGGUAAUGUUUAUGUCUGUCCAAUGGUUCAUCCAUUAGCAUAGUUUGAUUCAAUACGGAUCUGAUAAUUAUGUGAGACCCGUUUAAUAAAACGGUAAGGUUCUUGAAAAUCAUUUGCCCAGUCUUGGUGACCAGUAAGAAAUUUAUGAACUAUUCCCAACUUUCUUCAUGUUAAUAUUUGAGAUUUAAAUCAAUAUUACAUGAAUAUAAUUGAUGGUAAUAGUUAAAUUGAAAGAGAAAUAAAUUGUCUUGCUUGAAAAGCACGAAACAGAUUUAUUAGACUUCUGAUAAAUGUUCAUAAAACCUUUGUUUUUUUGGUAUGCUGUGUUUCUUUAUGUAAUUCAGAUGUUGCAUUUUUCAUUUUGCUAAAUUGACCUUUCUCUGAUUUUUUAGUAUUAGUUAUGUUUAGUAUUUUGUACUUGUGUAUUGGUUGAGACUAUCAGCAACUUGCACUGUAUCUAUGUGUAAUUGUUCUAUUUUGUCACUAUGUUGUUAGUAAUUUUGUGUCAGUUAAUUAGAUGCUUUUUGAGUGGUUCAUCUAAGAAAUCAAAUAAGUAAAGUUAAUAACUACCACUCCUAAUUGCCUGUGCAUGAGUGAAAUUGUAAUAUUAAUGUGAAGAUGCUUAGAAGUUGUCAUAGAUGAGCCAAAACUUCUCUUUUCUACUUGUUGAGUCAACAAUUUUUUCAUUAUGUUGCCCCUGCAGUUUUAGUUAAUGACUGAUGUUCCAACAAACAAGUCCAUGCCAAGUUUUAUAUUUUAUAUAAGUAGUAAAUUAUGAAUGUACUUUUUGAUACACAAAUUUAAAUCUGUACCUAGUCAAAGAAAAUGGGGGAAAUUGUAAUUUCAUAGACAAAUAUUGUUGCUUAUGUUUUUCAUAAAGUUUUAGUAUUGUCAAAAGACUGGAAAUAUUUUAUAGAAAAAUAAAAAAAAUAAUAUAUUAGUUGAUACGCUUCAGUAUGUGAUUGUAAGAUUUUGCUGCACCUUAUCAAUUUUUUAUUUUGAAAAAGUGAUUGUUAUUGUCUGUUAGCAUUACAGUGAUUCCUUUUUUAAUUUACCAGAUAUAAGUUUACAUGGUGAUGUGUAGCAAUAUUUUCAUUAUUUUUAACUUUUGGAAUAUUUUUUUUAAAUAAAACAUUAGUUGAUCCUUCUAGUUCUCAAGAUUUGUAGAAUGUAUGAUACAAAGAAUAGUUGUCGGGUCAGUGCCUUAUCUUAAUCUAUGAAUUUUUGUUUCAAAUAAUAAAUAUGAAAAACUAUGGGAGUUUUAUGCAUAUAUUGUUUUUAUUUGUGUUUACAAAACUGAUUUGUGUAUAAUGAAAGUUCAUUGAGACUUUGAAUUGUAGGUGGUAGGUAUUUUGAACGUGCAGAUAUUUGUUACAGUAUUGAAUGUAUAUGCUAAGAAAAUGUUGAAAAAACUAACAUCUAUUGUCUAGGAUAUGAAGUUAUAUAUUUUAGAUUUAUUAAUUUAGUAUCUGCUCACCUUGCAGGU